AUGGCUAUGAGUGAUAGCAGUUCUGGCAAAAAUGCUGUUGCAAAUCAGUAUAAUGCAGGGAUGAGUCAAGGAAUGCUCAACUUCUUUACUGAUGAGCAAAACAACCAGAUCAUGAAGAUGAUAAGCAAGGACAAAUCAGAAGAACAUGCAGCAAAUAUGGCAGGUAAUGCUAAUUCUCAAUCUCUAGAGGAUCUAGGUGACUACUGGAUUGUAGAUACUGGUGCUACUGACCAUAUGGCAUCUAAUAGUGAAAUGUUGAAAACAAUGACUGGAUUACCUGACUCAAGUAAAGGUAAUGUGAACCUCCCAAAUGGUAAGACUGUGCCUAUCAUCUGCAAAGGAAUUUACAAACUUACAGAUCAUGAUGUGAUACAUGAUGUGUUGUGUGUACCUGAUUUUAAAUACAACUUGUUGUCUGUGUCAAAAUUAACUAAGGAGCUGCAAUGCUCAGUUAAUUUUUUCCCAACAUUCUGUGUAUUUCAGGACCUAUACACUGGGAAAGUGAAGGGGAUUGGUAAGGAGAAGGGUGGUCUCUAUCUACUGAUCCCUAAAGGGUCUAACAGGAAUAAAAUGGCACAAAGGAUCAGCAGUUGUCUUUUAGAAGGAAUGCAAGCAGACUUCACUACCUGGUAUAGAAGGCUUGGGCAUGUGCCAGUUAAAGUCAUGAAGCAGUUAGAUUUCCUUAAAGACAAGAAGUUUUCUGAUUGUGAACUCAAUAAUUGCACUGUAUGUCCUUUAGCUAGGCAGACAAGGAAACCAUUUCCUUUAAGUAGCAACAGAGCUGAAGACAUAUUUCAUUUGAUUCAUCUGUCCACAACUCCACAACAAAAUGGAGUUGUGGAAAGAAGACAUAAACAUGUCCUGGAGGUGGCAAGGGCUUUUAGAUUUCAAGGCAGCAUUCCUUUGCAAUUCUGGGGAGAUUGUGUACUAGCUGCAGCAUAUCUUAUUAAUCGACUGACUUCUUCAGUUCUAGCAGGGAAAUCUCCAUAUGAGGUUUUUCAUAAGAGAGCACCUAAUAUGACACACCUAAGAACUAUUGGAUGUCUGUGGUUUGCUACAGUGACAGAAAAGGUGGACAAAUUUUCUCGUAGAGCCAUCACUGCUAUUCACAUGGGAUACUUAGUAUCUCAGAAGGGAUACAAGUUAUAUGACUUAAGGAGAAGGAAGUUCUUUCUGAAAUCAAAAGAGGAAGGCUAUUCUUUGCAUCAACAACAACCACAUGUGUCAGGAGAAGGGCAUGAUGCAGUCAAACAAGGUAUUAAGCAUGGUCAUGAAGUGAUACAACAAGAGAAUAACUUUAUAGGAGCUGAUCCAGAUCAUGGUGAACAGCUACCAGAUACUGAGGUUGAUCAUAAUGUGCAGACACCAGCUAAUGAAGCCAUUGAGGAAGUUCAAGCUGUACAACUCAGAAGAUCCAACAGAGGUUCCAAGCCACCUAUUUGGAUGCAAGACUAUGUCUGCCCAGUCAAUGGAGCAUCAUCAUCCACCUGCACAUAUCCAAUAUCCAACUAUGUGAACUAUAGUGCCUUGUCAGCUACUUAUCAAUCUUACUUGACUGCUACCUCACAAGAGACAGAACCUACAUCAUACACAGAAGCCAUGAAGGACCCAUGA